AUGCGGCCUGCUGCGUUUGUCGCCGGACUCUUGACCUCUGUCGGCCUCGUCAGCGCCCAGUCCUCCGCAUGGGGACAGUGCGGAGGAAUUGGUUGGCGCGGGCAGCAUGCUAACCACUCAACAGAUUACUCGCAGUGCAUCCCCAGUACCGCGAGCAGCUCGUCAGCGUCCAUUUCGACUGCGCCUACAUCUACUAGCCCCGUCGCCUCGUCAUCAUCUGCGCAGCCGCCCACCACCACGUCUUCGGGAGCAGCCCCAACCGGCUCGCAGAUCCGCUCUGACCAAGACCCGACGUUCCACUUUUACCUGCAGAACGACGUCAGAUGCAUAAGCACAGAGGGCGUUCCGGUCCUCGGCCCAGAGGCCUCGUCAGGAUAUUUCACCAUCGACGGCACGAUCGCGCUCAACGGCGCCGACGGCACAUCGUUGUACCUCAACGUGGACGAGUCGGCGGCGACAUCCUACAAGGCGCUGACGUUCGACUCGGCUGCGGUGACGACGGACUGGGGCCUCGAGGGCGACACCAUCAUCACGACGUCCCCGCGGCAGCUUAACUUCCUUGCGUGUGCGACGAACGACGCGACGGUCUAUGACGUCUACCUGCAGGAAGGGAACGAUACGCCAUCCGGGCAGACCUGCUCGCUGACAUCGUUGCACCUGCCAUGCUUGUGCUGA